GCCUCUUUAUCAGAGAUUGGAGCAGCAAGUGCCUGAUGCCUUUUUUAACGCGAGCAUGUGAACGGAUCUCGAGACUCGACUUUUCGACUUGGAACAUCUCGUGAGAAUUAAUGUACGCAGUAGAGACAAUUGCAGAGGUGGAAUUUUAUUUUUAACGGGACGACCGUGUACUUGUUUACGCGAGGUUUUUGAUGAACGUGUGAGUUGUCCGUUGACGCUUGUCGUUUUCACCGAUCAUUCGGUCGUGCCUGCCUCUGCCUGCUGCCGCGAAUGUGGAUACUUCAUAGUGUGCUGUACUGCUGCUGCCGCCGCUGUGCGUUUGAAGUGCUCCCUACGGCUGAUCGCCUUUGGAUUUUAAGUCCUUCACAUUCGUGAACGCUUUGAAACUGGUUCGUUAUUGUACCAGACCCCGCCGUGAUUGUCACUUGAUAGCAACACCCGAGGCGCCAAAGCUGUCCGCAUCGGCGCUUUCUUUAGCCCAAGUGGUAUCAAUGUUGUCUGGCAAUGGUGUGUAAGGAGAACGUGGUAUCAUGGUUUGGGAAUCUGUCCAGUUAUAAACGCAUCGAUGUCAUGUGCACGUUACUAAACAUGUGCCUGCCGUUUGAAGUACGAUACCUUGGCACUUGUGUAGAGGAUAUUGGUAAACGGGACUACAAUGAUCUCCGUGACACGGAACAUCAUGCAAACAGUGCCACUGAUCUUGCCGAGUUAACAACCUUAGGUGUGGCAGAUAAACGCACACGAAGGAAACUUGCGCUCUACAUGGCAUUAUUACAUUCUUGUAAUUAUGCAUGUGCUGUAAUCUUGUACAAGAAUUUGUCAAAUUUUGAUUACCAAGAAAUCUCUAACCUAUUAAAUGGGACCACCUUUACACCGGAUGAUCAACCACUUGAAGAACUGCUCUUAUUGUAUACAAUGGCUUUAAAUCAUCCAGCAUUUACAUAUGAGCAGAAAAGUGUCUUCGGUAACAUUUACAUAAAGCUUCAAGAAGAAGAAGCUCGUCUGAAUCUUUCAAAGUUAAAUUCAUCUUACAAACAAACACAAGGUUGCGCGCCAUGUAUGAAUACAAACGAAAGAUUAAUAGACACAGAGAUGCAAGGCAGUUGUAUGAUGGCUCCACCGCCAAUGCAAACUUAUCAUGGAGAAAUGACAAUGAGAAAUAAUACCAUGGUAACCGGUGUUCCCCCUGGUCUUUCCAUGCCUCCACCUGGAUUAUGCCUGCCAACUCCAGAACAAAUGCCAAUGGGAUCAGGUGGUGCAACACAGUACCUUCACCUUGGCUUUCCAUCAGUAAAUCACAUGCCACCAUGGACAGGUCAGGUUAUGAUGGGGAAUCAGCUGAUGUAUCACACUGGCGACAUGUUGGCUUAUCCACCUUCCCCCUUAGUCAGCCGUCAAUCGUCACCAUCCCAGUCUCGAUCUCCUAGUCGCAGUAAUUCCCCAAUGGGUCGCAGAAAUAAUACAAUGCCGCGCACCUCUUCACAAGUGACUCAGUCUACUUCGAAUACCUUGACAUCAACGAGUGCCUCUAACAGUCAAACAAGCAUCUGCAGCUCAAAUGCCAAUUCCCUUCCACCACUUCCCACAUUGGGUACGAACAGAAGUCAUCCUAGUCAACCUCCAUUGCUUCCAUCACGCUCUGUUCCCUUGUCUAUCAGCAGUUCUACUACUUUUUCACGACAUAAUAGCGUCGAGAAUACUCCUUCUACCUUAAUUCCGGCAGCACCUCAAUCAAAACAACCUCCACCACCACGACUGCGAUCUUCAAUUUCUGGUGAUUCAUUACGAGAAACGUUAGGAAAAGAAAUGCCAAAUUUCAAAGGCAACUUGCAGAAUUUUUCUCUCGACGAGAUCCGAAGAAUGAGUGAUGAGGACUUGAGAGAAAUAGGAUUAACACAAAAUGCAGUAGGGCAAUUACGAAGUAUAGUUAAGAGUCAAACUACUAACGGCUUAAAUCAAAUUUCUACUGAUAAAAAAUUAGAUAGUACUAGCAGCACAACACACACAGUUGUAGAUUCAGUUGAAAAUGAGGCUAUACCGGGAAUGGAGAUGUUGAAUGAUAAUGGAAAUCAAAGCAGUAAGUCAAUGCCGUUACAGGAACAGCAUCCAGCGAUGCAUCAUCAUCAUAAUCAUGCAGCUACACCUAAUUUACGGCGAUAUCCUAUGCCACCGUUAGAUCCUACGCAAAUACAAAUGUAUCCUGCUCCGCCACCGAUGUAUGCUGCACAAAAUGCACCAUGCUAUGCCUGUCUUACAUUACCUGUCGCCGGGGUACAAAAUCGAUAUUCAAGGUGCAAUGCUCAACACGUAUAUUGUUUAACACAAUUACAAGCCUUGAGGUUAGAUCCUGAAAACAGCAGGCAUUGUUCACAGAGUAGUAGUUCUGAUAGUACUGGUAGUAGAUCUCCGCCAGAGACUCCUCCGGCAGCACCGUGGGUGAGCGGCAGUGAGAGCAAUCCACCGCCAGUUACUGAUCAUCUUAGUUCUGCACCGGUACAUUCUACAAGUGCAGUAUCACAUCCAGUAUCCCAACAACCUAUACAAUCGGGCCCGGAAAGGCAACGUACUAGAAGAAAUCAGACACAUGUAAUGCGUCAUAAAAAUCAAAUGGUGAAUGGCGGUGGGCCACCGAAUCUUUCACAAUGCGUUUCCUUUCCCACGCCACCUUCGCAGUCGCAGGUCACGUAUCUGCCGCAUGGUCAUUUUCCGGCUUUGAGACCGAGUAGUGGUAUUUAUUCUAACUUCUCACAUGGACCGUAUGCAAGACCAGCUUAUCCGACCACGUACCAACCGAAUGGUGAAAUGAUGUACCAAUAUCCUGGACAUCCAUCCUCAGGAGGAACACCACCACCUCCACCGAAUGCAGCCGCGACACCUGUUCAGGCACCGUAUAUGCCACCUACUCCGAUUGUUACAUAUGCACCAGCUGCCGUCCCACCAACGAAAAUUUCGUGCUAUAAUUGUGGCAGUAGUAGUCAUCUUGCAGUUGACUGUAAAGAUCAAACCAUGGAAGAUCUUACCAAAAAAGCUCAAUACCGCUUAGAUUACAGUAUAAUGAAACAACCUGGAGAGUGCCCAAAUUCUGACAAGUGAUCCCCUGCCGCGGACCAUCCAGCAAUUUAUCAUUAUCAUCAUUACCGUAAUUAUUGUCACCAUCACUGUCAUUACUACUGUUACUACGAUGCCGCCACAGCAAUACAACCUAAAUACCGUUCAAAAGAUGACUGCUAUCGCUCCUCAUGCAAGUUUUCGGUGAUUUUUGUAGACAUCCCUUAUAUUCAGGAUGACGAUUUUUUAACCGAGGAAGUUUCGCGAUUUGCGGUACCAGGUAUACUUUUUACAAGUUCUUAUUUAUGAUAGUAAUUCUUAAUUAUGUAAAAAGAUGUCGCGUCAUGUACAAAGAGAAAACUGGGAGAAGCAUAACGCAGAAUGCUCUUAUCUAUGUUUUUAGAAUACAUUUUGAAAGGUUUGUGUUAGGUACUGACUCGUGUCUUACCAAUGAUACGUAUGGACUACAUAUAAACACAUAUACAUACAUUCACACACACAUUCACAGCACGCCUCAACCCAAUUUCUCACUAUUUCUCUAGUAACUAGCCAUAAACGAAAUACAAGAAAAAAGAACGCAUUGUGCUCUGAUUAGAUGAAACUACCAUGUUUGACUAUAUUUAUCAUUGAUACUUUUACUUCUACUAGUACAUUUACUAUCACUAUUACUACUAUUACUAUUAAACUAUUACUAUUACUUCUAUUAUCGCUACUGAGCCACAUUUUUAUGUAUACAUAUUUUCUCAAUUCUUACGUGCGCAAUGUUUGAACGAGUGCAAAAGUGAAUGAUGACAACAGAGUAAAAAAAGAUAAGAUAAAAAGAGUAAAGGAUGAAUGCACAUAAGAAAGAGAGAGAAAAGAAAACAGGAAAGAAGAAAAAAGGAAGAAUGAAAGAACAACAAACCAUAAGUGUUCGAUCGUCUAGCUGCCUUUGCGCUCCUGUGUGUAUAAAACUAUAAAUAUACGCCGCUCAUCACUCAUUUAUUAACUUAUGAAUAGUUAGUUAAAUAACAAUAAUUCUCAUCCUAUUUAUAUAAAUAGUCAUGCAAUCACGUGCAACUUAAGCAAUUUUAUACGAGUUUUAUUGAUCGCCCAUCUUUUUUAAGUGUAAGCAAUGCGUUAUAUACGUUUAAAAUCUCGUUAGUAAGUAAUAAACAAAAGAAAGAAUAACGACUUGAAUAUGUACUAGUGUUAGGUAUGAGUGGAGUGGCAAUCUGCGUUGAACUCAUCUUGUCAACAAGUUGCUACUGCAUUUAAACCAAUUCUUAAUUAAACAAACACCGUUAGUGAGUGUCGAUCUAAUUCUAUUAAAGUGUAUAAUUUGGUAAAUCUUUGUCUAGUUCCCAUACUUACGAUGACUUAUAAUUUUUAAUCGUAAGACUCUCAUACUAUGCAUCUGAUCUAUAUGAAAUAGAUCCUAGAUAUUUAAAAUAGUAAGGACUGAAAAGAUAUAAAAACGAGUGAGAGUGAGUUUGAUAUGUGUGAUUUUAAAUACACAUGCAUUUAAAAACUUCCUUUCAGUAGCUUCUGGAUAUAAAGAAUUCUCAGGUGUCUUUUUUUUUUUGGUUAGUAAUGAAUUAUUUGGCAGCUAGUCAAUAGCCACAAACAUUUUGGGAUUAAUAUUUUAGAGCUGUUAUUUUGCAGUGAUAAAAAUUUGAAAAGAAGAGACAGUUCAGAGUUGAUGAUUUUCAUGUUACCUUUGAAUCUGAUUUAACAAUUUUAUUAAGAUGAUGAUAACUUGCCCUAAUGGUAUUGUUUUCACAUAUUAUUGUAUAUAAAGUGAAAGUCGUUUUUUAUUUCUAAACAAUACUUUAUUCAAAUUCCAAAGAAAGCCAAAAAUUAGUUGGGAAAAGUCAAAAAAAUAUUAUUCAUACUAUAUAUAUAUUAUAAUCUUCAAACUUCUGUCAAUUUUUUAUAAGAAAUUCGACUGUGUCGUAAUUACUAGAGUCUGAUUCGGUGUUUAGGUAACAUUUAUUAAAAGUGCCAUUUUUGUUGAAACACCCAGUGUCUUCAUACCGGUCUAUUAAAAAAAAAAAAAAA